UGUGACCAGAACAUACCCUGCACACCUGACACCAUGACCCACUCCUGCUGCUCCCCUUGCUGCCAGCCCACCUGCUGCAGGACCACCUGCUGCAGGACCACCUGCUGGAAACCAGCCUGCAUCACCAGCUGCUGCAGCGCCCCCUGCUGCCAGCCCGGCUGCUGUGGCCAAACCAGCUGUGGCUCCAGCUGCUGCUGCCAGCCCUGCUGCCACCCAACCUGCUGUCAGACCACCUGCUGCACGACCUGCUUCAAGCCCAGCUGUGUCACCACCUGCUGCAGCACCCCUAUCUGCCAGCCUAGGUGCUGCGUGUCCAGCUGCUGCCAGCCCACCUGCUGCCAGCCCACCUGCUGUCAGCCCAGCUGCUGUGAGACCAGCUGCUGCCAGCCCAUCUGCUGCCAGCCAGCCUGCUCUGGACCUGUGUACUGCACCAGAACCUGCUACUACCCUACUUGUGUCAGCCUGUGCAGUGGCCUCCCUGAGAGCUACGGAACUAGCUGCUUCCAGCCCUGUAGCUGCUGAUCAAUCUACCACAGCACCACGACCCAUCUUGAGCAUACUUGCCACAUGGUAGCCCCAUGGAACUCACUCUCCUAACUCUGCUAAUAAUCCAUGGUCAUCCAACAGUUGUGACCUGAAAGCAGAUGGGGAGCUGGAUCACGAUGGACAAUCUCAGUCACAUUGGGGUUCUCUUCACUCAGCUGCCUGCUCAUCAGCAUCCUCUCCUGACCUGGAUUCAUGCCCUCAACUGUGACAAAGUGAUUGAGCUAAAGAAAUUGAACAAACUCAUGACUUUCACCCUAGGUCUUUGUAAAAUCAAGUCUUCAUAAUUUUGUUUCAAUGUACUCAUCAUUUUUGACAUUCAUGACAACAUUGUGUUAUUUGCCCUGUGUUCUUUUGUCACUUGUGUUAAUAAAGUCCUAGCUGUAUGGCAUCCUA